GUUGGUAGAUGUCUCUGAUGUUAGUAAUCAGUCCGGUACAUAAGUUCUGAUUUCGACUCAUUUUUAAAUCAAUUUCCUGAACUUAAUAAGUGUAUUUAACAGUUGUGUGUUUGUGCAUUAGAAAUUAGGAAAUAUUCCAAGUGGAAUUAACAACCUAAAUACCGAAAGAACUAAAACGCUGCGCCGUUAGACCGGCUUUAAAGGAUGACGUCUUCACAGGUGAAGCCACAAAUGAACAACAUGGCCGGUACAGGGACUGGUUGGCCGCGAAGAAAUAGCCAAAAUUCGUCGGCUACCACACCUACAAAUACUAGUUUUGAUGCGAAAAAUUUCCCUUCUGCUGCGCUUAACAGAAUAAUUAAUUUAUAUCCUUUAACGAAUUAUACGUUUGGUACAAAAGAACCCCUGUUUGAAAAAGAUCCGAGCGUUCCCGCCCGUUUUCAACGAAUGCGGGAUGAAUUCGAAAGGAUUGGGAUGAGGAGAAGUGUUGAAGGGGUUUUGUUGGUUCACGAACAUGGUUUACCACAUGUGUUACUUCUACAAUUAGGAACAACGUUUUUUAAAUUACCCGGUGGUGAAUUGAAUCCUGGAGAGGAUGAAGUUGAAGGAUUGAAGCGGCUAUUAACAGAGACGCUGGGUAGACAGGACGGCGUGAAACAAGAUUGGCUCGUUGAGGACAUUAUCGGAAAUUGGUGGAGGCCGAAUUUCGAACCACCACAAUACCCAUACAUACCACCGCAUAUAACAAAACCCAAGGAACAUAAGCGUUUAUUCCUCGUGCAACUUCAAGAAAAGGCUCUUUUUGCUGUACCUAAGAAUUACAAGUUAGUUGCUGCACCACUUUUUGAACUGUAUGACAAUUCACAAGGAUAUGGACCUAUUAUAUCCUCAUUACCUCAAGCUUUAUGCAGGUUCCAGUUCAUUUACAUGUAAAGACAAGGACGAAAUAAGGACAUGAGGAAGAGAUGAUGAAGAUUUGUUAAGACGAUGUGAAAAUAAGAAAUUCACAGGCUUAUUUUUCUAUAUUAGAAAUAUAAUAUAAUAAAAAUAAUUGUCAUUGACCCAUUUAGAUGUAGUUUGUGUUAGAUAUUCUUAUAGUUAUUUUUCUUUAUCUUUGUAAGUUGUAAGUUUAGUUUAAUUAAUUAAAGUAAAAUCUAAAUAUGUUUGUGGUAACUUUAAGGCACAAAUAUAAAACUACAUGGAUUUAU